AUGUGGCCCCACGGACCUGACAACCUGAAGGGCUCCCUGGACCACUUAAACAGUAUCAUCCCAUGCAUUCAGUUCACCAUGGAAACCGAAAGUGAAGGACACCUCCCCUUCCUAGACAUAGAUAUUUACAGGAGACCCGACGGCUCUCUAGGCCAUACAGUAUACCGCAAACCCACACACACAAACCUCUACCUCAAUGCCAAGUCCCAUCAUCACCCUUCCAGUAAACAGGCAGCUCUGUCCACACUGGUACACAGGGCCAGAGCUCUGUGUGAUCAAGAGAGUCUGCGUGCGGAGUUGGAGUUCCUGAAGGACAUCUUCAGACGCAAUGGCUAUAACGACCGGAAGAUCGACAGGGCCCUCAACCGGCAUCCCAACAGCAAUCAACAUGAUGACCGCAGAGAAACUGUCACCUUCUUGCCCUUUGUCGGCACUAUAUACAACAGGAUCAGCAGA